AUGGGAAGAGAAAGGGAUGGACUGUACAUAACGGUACCCAAUCUCUUCCGCUGCCCGAUCUCCCUCGACGUCAUGAAAUCUCCGGUCAGCCUCACCACCGGCGUCACAUACGACCGGUCCAGCAUCCAGAAAUGGCUCGAGACCGGCCACGACACGUGUCCGGCCACCAUGCAGAUCCUCCCGUCCAAGGAUUUCGUCCCCAACCUCACCCUCCUCCGUCUCAUCAACCUGUGGAACCAAUCCUCUUCCACCCGCCGCCCCGCCGCGUCCGAGGACCAGGUCCGGGUCUGGAUUCACAAAAUCCGAAGCGCCGGCGAGAGGAAGGAAGAGUGUCUCUCGUUUCUAUCUCAUCUCGUCGAAUUCGCCGGGUGCUCCGAUUACAACCGGCGGGUUCUGGUCGGAAUCGAGGGUUUUGUCGAAACGGUUGUGGGGAAGAUUGGGGAGUCGGAGAUGGCGGUUAGGGUUUUGGGGCUGGUCUCCGGGGAGAACGGCGUCAAGGAGAAAUUGCACAGGUUGUUGAUUCUCCAGAGCGGCGAUCGGAAUCGGCUGUCGCCGUUGACUUCCACUCUCCGGGAGGCGGAGAAUUCGAGCUCCAAGAUCGAGGCGGUGAGAAUUCUGGACUCGAUCUCAAUCGACAACGAAUCGAAACGUUUCGUCGCGGAAACAGAGGAUCUCGUCCCCGUCCUCCUCUCCCUGCUCCUCCGGCCGGGACCCGACCCGAAUCAUCUCCACGCGGCCGUUCUGUCGCUCCUGAUCUCGAUCGCAGUGACCCGCUCCGUCAGGAUCCGACUCGUGGAGCUGGGGCUCGUCGGAUUCCUCUCGCGAACGGUCUCCGACCGCAGCGCCGCCGCCGUUCCCCUGGCGGAGAAGUCGCUGAAGCUGCUCUCGCUGCUGUCGACGUGUCCGGAGGGCCGAGCGGCGAUCAGCGGGGACCCGAAUUGCGUGGGUGGGAUCGUGGAGCGGCUGAUGAAGGUGUCGAAGCCGGCGACGGAGGACGCGGUGGCGGUGCUGUGGGGGAUGUGCUGCUUGUUCAAGGACGGGACCGUGGCGGAGAAGGCGGUGAGGAAUCACGGCGUGACGAAGGUGCUUCUGGUGAUGCAGAGCGAAGGGGAAGGCAACGUGAGGUCGAUGUGCCGGGAGCUGGUGAAGGCUCUCAGGGCCGGAUACAGGGGCAGCGGUGACGGAUUCGUCGUCGAGAGCUAUGACACCAAAACAACGCACAUCAUGCCGUAUUAG